AGUGUGCGGCGGGCGGCGGCGGUGGCCCGGGAGGCCCGGAGGCCGCGGCGCGGUCACUGCGAGCCGAGCCGCGCCGAUCGCCAUCCGGCCCUCGCGCGCGAUUCCGGCCGGCGGCGCGGCCCGGCGGGCCCGGCGGCGCUGCAGCCCAUGGAGCUCGAGAACAUCGUAGCGAAUACGGUGCUACUCAAGGCCCGGGAAGGUGGUGGCGGGAAUCGCAAAGGCAAGAGCAAGAAAUGGCGGCAGAUGCUGCAGUUCCCCCACAUUAGCCAGUGUGAAGAGCUGCGGCUCAGUCUUGAGCGUGACUACCACAGCCUGUGUGAGCGGCAGCCCAUCGGGCGCCUGCUGUUCCGUGAGUUCUGUGCCACGAGGCCUGAGCUGACCCGCUGCACUGCCUUCCUGGAUGGGGUGGCUGAGUACGAAGUGACCCCUGAUGAGAAGCGGAAGGCAUGUGGGCAGCGACUAAUGCAGAAUUUUCUGAGCCACACGGGUCCUGACCUCAUCCCUGAGGUUCCUCGGCAGCUGGUGACUAACUGUGCCCAGCGACUGGAACAGGGGCCCUGCAAAGACCUCUUCCAGGAGCUGACCCGGUUGACCCAUGAAUACCUGAGUGUGGCCCCUUUUGCCGACUACCUCGACAGCAUCUACUUCAACCGUUUUCUGCAGUGGAAGUGGCUGGAAAGGCAGCCAGUGACCAAGAACACCUUCAGGCAGUACAGAGUCCUGGGCAAAGGUGGCUUUGGGGAGGUGUGUGCCUGCCAGGUGCGGGCAACAGGCAAGAUGUAUGCUUGCAAGAAGCUGGAGAAGAAGCGAAUCAAGAAGCGGAAAGGGGAAGCCAUGGCACUCAAUGAGAAGCAGAUCUUGGAGAAAGUGAACAGUAGGUUUGUAGUGAGCUUAGCCUAUGCCUAUGAGACCAAGGAUGCAUUGUGCCUGGUGCUGACGCUGAUGAAUGGAGGUGAUCUCAAGUUCCACAUCUAUCAUAUGGGUCAGGCUGGCUUUCCGGAAGCCCGCGCUGUCUUCUAUGCUGCGGAGAUCUGCUGUGGUCUGGAGGACCUGCACCGGGAGCGCAUCGUGUACAGGGAUCUGAAGCCAGAGAACAUCCUGUUGGAUGACCACGGCCACAUCCGCAUCUCGGACCUGGGACUGGCUGUGCAUGUGCCUGAAGGCCAGACCAUCAAAGGUCGUGUGGGCACCGUGGGCUACAUGGCUCCAGAGGUGGUAAAGAAUGAGCGGUACACGUUCAGCCCUGACUGGUGGGCACUGGGCUGCCUCCUGUACGAGAUGAUCGCAGGGCAAUCGCCGUUCCAGCAGAGGAAGAAGAAGAUCAAACGUGAGGAAGUGGAGAGGCUGGUGAAGGAGGUGCCUGAGGAAUAUUCUGAGCACUUUUCCCCACAGGCCCGCUCACUCUGCUCCCAGGGCACCCUGACCACCCCUGCCCUGCUACAGCUCCUCAGCAAGGACCCUGUAGAACGCCUGGGGUGUCGUGGGAAUGGUGCCCGAGAGGUGAAGGAGCACCCCCUUUUCAAGAAACUGAACUUCAAGCGGCUGGGAGCUGGCAUGCUGGAACCACCCUUCAAGCCUGAUCCCCAGGCUAUUUAUUGCAAGGAUGUUCUGGACAUUGAACAGUUCUCCACAGUCAAGGGUGUGGAGCUAGAGCCCACUGACCAGGACUUCUACCAGAAGUUUGCCACAGGCAGUGUGCCCAUCCCUUGGCAGAACGAGAUGGUGGAGACUGAGUGCUUCCAAGAGCUGAAUGUCUUUGGACUGGAUGGCUCAGUCCCCCCAGACCUGGACUGGAAGGGCCAGCCACCUGCACCUCCCAAGAAGGGACUGCUACAGAGACUCUUCAGUCGCCAGGAUUGCUGUGGGAACUGCAGCGACAGUGAGGAAGAGCUCCCCACCCGCCUCUAGUCCCCAGACUGAGACCCCCACCGGCGGUUGGCGGUAGCAGCCACUCCCAGCGCUGUUUACAGUUUUGCACAGUGGUUUUCCCCAUUGUCCACUCAAGUCGUGGCCUGGGGAACACAGCCGGAGCUGUCCCCAGUGUCUGCCCCUCAGCCCUUGACCCAGCUGAGUUUGGCAAGGCCUGGGCCAUCCCUGGGACUAAGGUGCGUCCCUUUAGCUCUUCUCUGUUGAGCUCGGGGCUUUCUGUAUUUAUGUAUUUGUAUGAAUGUAUAUAGCGACCAGAGCGUUCUUAAUUCCCACCCUAGACUUGGCACCCUGGCCUCAGCUCCCUGGGGCAGCCAUCCCUGGUUGGGAGAGCCGGAGCUGGCAGAGGAGCCACUGCCAAACUCAAGGCUUCUCAGGCCUACCCUGGAUAAGCCGAGGCUGGGCCAGGACUGACCCCGAGCCCUCAGCAUUCUGCUGGCCUCCAUGGACCUGAGUGAGACUUGUGCCUGCCCUUGCUGUCCUGGGCUCAGGCCACCACUUUCUGGGUCCCACUGCUGUCAUCCCUUCUCAGCACUUGUCAGAGCUGGAGUUGGGACUUGUGUUUCUCCUAGGCCUAUGCCAAAGUGUGACCAGAGAUUGGACUGACUGUGGGACCCAAUAGACCACUGCCCAAGUGGUCCCAGAUGGGCCUCCUUCUGCCUUCCAGCUCUUGGGGCACCUUGUCCUAAAGAUACCCCUUUCAGAAAUGCUCCAGCCCAGGACAUGGGAAGGUGUGGGGAUGGCCCUGGCCAACUCUCCCAACAUUCCAGAAUCCCCUCAUAACAGUAAACACACGUGCCCAGCAAUAAGCCACCCCUCCCUGUGUGUGCCUGUGGGGAGUGUGUGCACGUGUGCAUCUAUGUGUGUGGUGGGGGUAGGGCUAGGGUGAAGCCCUAGCCCUUCCCAGACUGUGAUAGCCACCCUGGUCCCAGUGUUAAUAUAGCAUGGGAUUACAGGGCCCAGGUUUUUCCAUAUCUAAAGCCAGUUUUUCUUACUCAUUUUGUCCAAUGUAAACUGCCACAUGUCUCUGUGUGAAUACAGUCUGAGCACAAACCUGGCCAGCUGCCCCUGCCUGCCUCUUUCUUGCUUCUGGUAUUCCAGGGGGUCUUCCUGCUUCCCUGGCCCAGCUGGAAGUGGGAAAGGAUUGGAGGUGGAGCUGGCAGAGGGUGAAGGGCUGCCCUUCCAAGGCCCAGGACCAAUACUGGAGUAGACUUUCCAGGCAGCCAGGCCUGGGUGGCCUGUGGGCUCAUCCAGUUGGUUUCCCCAUUUCCUAAGUGGGACAGAACCUGAGGACAGAAGCCUUGGAUGCCCAUUAGAGUAGCUGACUCUGUGCUAGAGAGGCAGGCCCCAGCUAGCUGGUGUUUAAGCCAAGAUCAUCUGAGGAGUCAGGUAGCAGCUGUUGUUUGGAACAUCUGCCCUGACCCUGGGCUGGUGCACAUGCAUGAGACUCCUCAGUUUUGCCUUUGAAACAUUAAAUGUGGAGGGCAAAGACUAAAGAGAGGUGAUACUGGGAGGGAGGGAAUGGAGGGGACCAGCCACCUAAUUAUCAGAGGGUUUUUUGUUAGGAAGGGUUUU